AUGCCGGGACACUUCCCAGGAGCUCGUCCUAUCCCUCCCCUGGUACAGACGAGCGCUGUCAAAUGGCCCGAUGUCCGACCGGCAGAUACCUCCUCCAAGACGCCGGCAUCUCCUGGUACCAACCCUGAAGUAGAGGAGUUUCGCAAGUGGCGCAGCGGAAUUGAUGACUCCAUGGCCGAAAUCAAUCAAAAGCUCAACUUUCUGCUUUCUGAGACCCAGGCGUUCCGCGCGAUGGAGGCACACUACAAGGGUCUUCAGGAGAGCACACCGAUGGGCACCACUCUGGGCAACUCUUGUCACCGUCUUGAUCUCCAUCAUCAAACCAUUAUCGAGACUGUGCAGAAGUUGGACACCACAAUGAAGCAGGUUGACGAUCUGACGCGUGACGUCAGUCAAUUGAAGGAUGGUUCUGAGGUCACUGUGUCGUUCAGGUCGUCGGGUCGCAAGUGA